AUGCUUCUGGUCACUCAGGUGCAGUGCCCGCCGCCGGAAGCGCCGCGACAUGGCAAGGCAGUGUACACUUCGUGCGCUUACAACUCUGUCGUGUCGUACGAGUGCAAAUAUGGGUACAGACUGGUCGGUGAUGCGACGAGGAGAUGUGGAGCAGACAAGAAGUGGUCUGGGGCGCAGCCUGUUUGCAAAGAAAUCAACUGUGGUCACCCCGGCCAACUGUGGAAUGGUUGGCUUGAAAACAUUUCUUCGGGGACUGGUUUGGGGGCAUCUAUCAUCUUCAGAUGCCAGGAUGGCAUGAAGAUGGAAGGCAACGGGUCAGCGAUAUGCCAGAGCGAUGGCACUUGGAGUCACCCUUUGCCGAUGUGUUUAGCGCCCUGCGUAGUCCCUCAUGUGUCUCAAGGACGUGUAGUAUUGGUUGAGAACAAGACCGGAGAAAAUGAAACACAAGAAGGGAACACCCAGAUAGUCGGCAGUUCCUCUAUGGUGCAACAUGGUGAAAUAAUAGUAGUGGACUGUGAAAAGAACUACGAGUUUCCCUCGAACAAUGCUGCGGUCACCUGCAAUAAUGGCACCUGGACGCAGAUACCUAGAUGUCAACCUGCCAGAUGCAAAAGAAUGCCACGAAAUCCUCGUAAUGGGAUGGUGAUAGCCCCCAAAACGGAGCACGGGAUGAAGGCUCGGUUCAGAUGUAAAGACGGCUUCGAGCUGAAAGGGAAUCCAAUCGUGGUCUGUUCUUUUGGGAACUGGAGCGGGGAAGCUCCGAAGUGUGAAGAAGUAUUCUGCCCGUUCCCCGGUUACAUAGUCAAUGGAAAAGUACUCCUCGUUGGAAACAUGGGCCUGUAUGACUAUCGACCAUACGUCAAAAAGGUGGUAAACAAUAAACAGAUCAUGUAUGAAUGUGAAAAGGGAUACGUACUGUCAGAGGGUCCCCCAGGUGCCACUUGCGUUGGUGGCCAUUGGAGCCCUAGAGAAUUACCAAAGUAA